GGGGUAUCCCCGUGAGAAGCGGAGCGGAGGGAGCGGAGGGAGCGGAGGGAGCGGAGGGAUAUAAGGGCGGCGGUGCUGCGGUAGCGCCUCUUCCGGUUCUCCCUCAGAGCCGCCAUGACCAAGAAGAGGAGGAACAACGGGCGUGCCAAGAAGGGCCGGGGGCACGUGCAGCCCAUCCGCUGCACCAACUGCGCCCGCUGCGUGCCCAAGGACAAGGCCAUCAAGAAAUUCGUCAUCAGGAACAUCGUGGAGGCUGCUGCAGUCAGGGACAUCUCCGAGGCCAGCGUCUUCGACUGUGAGUCUGGGGAACCCCAAAAAACCUGUCCCUGGUGGGCCCUGAAAUCUGGGAUUUUGGCGCAUCGAAUAAUUCAAAUUUUUCGCUCCAAAAAGUUGUUACUGUGCUUUCGAAAUUAGCGGCGUUGAGCCCCCAAAACAGUGUUUCUGUCAAGCCAAAAUAAAGCACUUUUCACCUCAAAAAAUAGUCCUUGUCCCAGCCCAAAAAGUAGUAAUUGUCAUCCUCGAAAAUUAGUCUGUCACCCCUAAAAAAUAGUUCUUGUCACUCCCAAAGCAGUGCCACUGUAACCCCUAAAAAAUAGUCCUUGUCACCCUCAAAACAGUGUCU